AUGGGGUCCUUUGAGGACCUGCCGACAGAGACUCGGAUCCUGACAACCUGCCGGACAUUCCGGCUCCUCGCUCAGGAAAUCCUGUCACACCCCCCAAGCCCGCCCUGGACCACGCGGAUAGACGACCAAGGCCCAGGCUUCCCCUCGCCCGCUGCAUUAAUCCACCCUGUCCUGGCGCAAGACUUCGGGCCCCUCCUCAGCUCCACAACCUGCUUCACCGCGGCAGAGCGGAGGCGCAUGCGGUGGUUCCUGUCGCUCAACGGGGACGUCACCCGGCCCUUCCGGCGCCUCCCCUGGGCGCCCGACUCAGCCUUGCGGGCUGUAUACCUGCAUCCCGGCGCGAGCUGGCGCGAUAUCAGCGUCACGUUCGCCGGUGGUCCGCCUAUCACACACCUCGAGGUCAUCAAGAGCUACUCAUCCGAGGACUUUAACGAGGACGGCCGCGACCAUGUCGAGCACCUCAAUAUCGAUCUGUCAACGGCUGGGUUCCUGACUAUGGGGCUCCUGUAUGAUCUUCUGCUCUGCGGCGGCAGUGUAGGAGACGAGAGCGCGGCCACAUUUGGGCGCGAGACGGGUAGCUGGGAACUAUUACUGGGCAGGAGGCUUCGCAGCUACGACCUGCUUGUUGAGUACGAGUGCUUCAUCCCCGAUGAUGACGAACUUGUGGAUUCUGGCUCCGAGGCUGCGCGAUCGGCUAUCUUGUAUGUGCGAGGUGGUACUGUGGAGGUGGACGACCAGGACCGCCAGGUUUGCGGAGCCCGAGGAUGA